CUCCCUGAGCCGCCUCCUUGCUCGCCUCCCCACGCGACCAUUCAAGCGCCUGUGAUACACGAUUCAAUACCCAAGUGAAGAUAUUUCGAGUCAUUCAACCUACCAGAAUGCAAGUGAGCUAUACGCGCCGUCAUUCAAUUCUUUGGUUCCUUUCCUCCACAACCCCUCUUGUUUCAUUUCACAUUUUCAUUAUUUAAGCAAAAGAAAAAAAAAACAAAAAAUGUUUUUUAUUUAUAAGUGAAAAAAAAAAUGUUAUAUAUGAAGCUAAAGACACAAACUCAUCUGGAUUCUCUCAACAACAUGGAGUCAUCAUCCUCAUCAACGUUUCUCACCACCACAAGCUUAGAUCAGAGAAACCUAUCUCCGGUUUCAAGAAAACCACUAAAGCAAAAGAAGAAGACGAGUUCAACCGACAAACACAUCAAAGUGCGUUACAUAUCAAAUCCCAUGAGAGUCAAAACUUGUGCUUCCAAGUUCAGAGAGCUCGUACAAGAACUCACCGGCCAAAACGCCGUCGAUCUUCAACCGGAGCCCAUGUUUUCCCCCUCUGUCUCCGACCACAGCCCUUCUCCGCCACCGCCGGAGAAUCUUGAUUCACGUGUUCUUCAGCAGGAGCCGUUCGAUGAUCAGUUGACUGACUACUAUGAGCCGUUGGAUGGGGAAGAUAUGUUUUUGCCUCAUAUGUCGGCAGGUUUCUCCGGGUUGUUCUCUAAUGGCUUUUACAAUGUUAAUGACCUUAGAAGAAUCGAUUCUGUGUAAAAAUCUUCCGAGUUCUCAGGGGUUUCAUCAAGUACAUGUAUAUAUAUAUAUAUAUAUAAAAAUUAUGAAAUAGGUAUAUGAAA